AUGAGUUUCUCCGACCCGCCGUCUCCACGUGAAUUUCACGAAGCUUUACAAGCUCCGCGACUACAAGAUCAUUUACCCCCCACAGCCUUCAAUUUGCGGCGCAAGCGUGAAGCCAUGGAGUCGCCUUCGCCUCUAUAUUCCGGCCAAAAGCGCAAAGUCGACGACAUGACCUCCUCAAACGAAGAAGACGCGCGCCCGACCACCGGCUUCCGUGGUUUCGCCCGAGCCCGCGAUCGCUCUGAAUCACCUCCUACAAUGGCCGGUCUAGGUAGCGGCUCUCGCAAGCCUUGGGGCCAAACGGCUAAUUCAGCAGCUGCACCACCCCGAGGCGGGAUGGCCGGUCGCGGUGGAAAGCUCGCGGGAGGCAACUCGUUUGCUGCGAGAAUGAUGGCAAAAAUGGGCUAUAAAGAAGGGCAGGGUCUUGGAUCUAGUGGCCAGGGUAUCGUCAAACCUAUUGAAGCCCAGGCACGUCCGACAGGAGCCGGUCUCGGUGCGGUUCGCGAGAAGACCAAACAAACGCGCGAUGAAGAGAAACGAGAAGCUGCGCGCCGCGGCGAGACGAUCGAAGAUAGCUCGGACGAAGAGAAGCGACAGCGCCGAAAGAAGAAGACAGAACGCAAAACAGAGAGUCGCAGCGGAACGGGCACUCCAGUCGCACGCGCCAAGCCUAAAUACCGGACAGCACGAGAGAUCGAGACCGAUAUGGAAGGAUUGGAGGUGCCGAAUGUCCUCAAAUUUCUUGUUGAUGCCACGGGCAAGGAACAACGAGUGUUGACAUCGACAGCUGGCUUGAUGAGCUCACAACAGUUCGUGACUCAGGAAGAGGGAGAGGCCUUGAAAAUUGCACGACGUGCUCGGACGGACCUGGAAGCUUUCGCGGAUGAAUGGAAGGGCUUGACCGAACGGAAAAAGUUCGUUGAGAUCGAAGAGACACAAAUUAUUGACGAACUGGAUUCGUACCAGGCCCGAGUCGACCGUCUUACCGGGUUGGUUGCUGCCGUUCAGAAGUUGGACAUCUUUGAACACAAUGAAAACAUCACGUCCAAGUUCGAUGAGAUGACUGAAAAGCUUGAGGCCAUGGAGUUGAAGUAUCGCGACGUCAUUGAUGAAUAUCGACUGGCAGAAACUGCCGUGGCUGCAAUUCACCCUCUCUUCCGGCAGGCUAUGGAGGAGUGGGAGCCUCUUCAAAAUCCUACAUUCCUUGUCUCCAAUAUCAGUCGCCUCCAGCCGCUCCUUUCUCGCCGGAACGAGAAAGACGAAAUCCGACAGCGACAAUCUACAUCACCUUACGAAACGAUGAUAUAUUCAUUAUGGUUACCGCGCGUGCGCUCAGCACUGAUGAAUGACUGGGACGUUCAUGACCCUUCAGCUGCAACAAACCUGGUUGUGGCCUGGAAAGCGAUUGUCCCACCAUUCGCAUUUGCAAAUCUUCUCGACCAGUCUGUUGUACCGAAGCUCAGCGGCGCCUUGAAAGAAUGGAAGCCCCGAAGCAGUCGACGACACGCCUCCGAGCAUGACGGUCAUUUCCCAUGGUGGCUAUUCACUUGGUUACAAUACCUGGAUGACCGACACACCAACCCUAGGCAACCGACAGGUCUCAUGUCGGAUGCCAAGCGCAAGUUCCGCGUGGUUUUGGAUUCCUGGAGCCUGCGCCGGGGCCUGGUGAAUGGCAUCGAGCUGUGGCGAGAUGCAUUAGGGUCGGAGUUUGACGUAUGCUUGCGCAAUCACCUGCUUCCGCGCCUUGCACGUCAUCUCCGCGAAGACUUCGUUGUAAAUCCGCAAGAUCAAGAUUUGACAGCAUUAGAGGACGUCCUACGUUGGAAGGACUUCUUCAAGCCCCAGGUGAUGGGAAUGCUAUUAGUGUCCGACUUCUUCCCCAAGUGGCACGAAAUCCUAUAUAUAUGGCUCACCAAUGACCCUAACCAUGAGGAAGUCGGCGAGUGGUUUUCGUGGUGGCAGACUCAGAUCCCGGCGGAGAUCAACGAGCUCACGAUGGUUGAGGACGAGUGGAACAAGGGUCUGCAGACUAUGGAUCACGCCUUGAACCUCGGAGAUCGCGCCGCGGCCGAGUUACCGCGCCCCGAGCUCCCGACGCAAUCAUCGCUUCCCACCCGACAGGAUGCUGUGGCUGAGGCAACCGCAGCAGCAGCAGCAGCAUCAACCACCGCCCCCUCUCAUGUCAAGUCCCGGGCCGUCAACGAAGAACCCUCGUUCAAAGAUAUUGUGGAGAGCUGGUGUAUGGAGCAGGGUCUCAUCAUCUUGCCGCUCCGCGAAGCACACGCGCAGACCGGCCAGCCGCUCUUCCGCAUCACCGCAAGCGCCACCGGCAAAGGCGGCGUGGUCGCAUACUUGCAAGGCGACGUGGUGUGGGUUCAGAACAAGAAAGCCAAGGAGCUUUGGGAACCGAUGGGCUUGGAGGAUCAGUUGGUCGGGCGUGCCGAGGGCCGAUAG